GUAGGACACAGUCGAGCAGAGUGGUAACGAGACUUCUCAAUCAGCAAUAAUAGAAAAUGGCAUUCAAAUUUCUGGCAGUCGUAGCUUUCCUGGCUGUUGCCAGUGCUCAGCACUACGACCCACACCAUUACCAGCCACAGUACCACCAGUACCAUCAUGAACCGGCCGUUGUCAAGACCAUCCAGCCUGCUCUUAUCAAGACCGUCCAGCCCGCUCUGGUCAAGACCGUCAAGCACGUCGAAUACCCAGAAGCCCCGGCUGAGUACCAGUUCCAAUACUCCGUGCAUGAUGAACACACCGGAGAUAUCAAGAGCCAGCAGGAGGAACGCCACGGUGAUGAUGUCAAGGGCCAGUACACCCUGAUCGAUGCCGAUGGCCACCGUCGUGUCGUUGACUACACCGCCGAUGAGCACAACGGAUUCAACGCCGUCGUCCGCCGUGAGCCCCUGGAGGGACACAAGAUCGUCAAGACCAUCGCCCCAGUUGCCAAAGUGAUUGCCCCUCUGCCUGUCGCCAAGGUGUACAGCGCUCCGAUCACUAAAGUUAUCGCUCCUCAGGUUCACUACAGCCAUCAGCCUCACUACGACCAGCACUACUAA